AUGACGAGAAAGGUCAAACCUGUGUCUAUCCUUAUCACUGGCUUCGGUCCGUUCGAUGAAGCUGGAACCGGCAAUCUCUCAUACUCGAUCGUGACGACUUUACCCAAAUUCCUACCCGCGACCUCUGCGAGCCCGGUCCCCGUGCGCGUCGUCGUGCAUCCCUACGAUAUACCCGUCAUAUAUAACGAGGUGCGAACACUUGUACCGCGCCUCUACGAUGCUUACAGCCACGAUGUCGAUAUCUGGCUGCACUUUGGCAUGCGCCCUGGGCAAAACUCGUACUCAAUGGAGCUAGUUAGCCGUCGCGAUGGCUAUCACCUGGACAAGGACAUCACAGGUCACAAGCUCCCUGCAAGCGAGGCCGACACCUUCUUUCGGGGCUGCCCCGAGUCUCUGGACACCACGCUCGAUACGGAAGACGUCUUUACUCGUUGGCGCUCCAAGCUGCUUGAUGCGCCGGAGAUCUCGCCAGAACUUGGUAGCGUGCGCAUCCGCCAGAGUCGCGAAGCGGGUCACUUCAUUUGCGACUUCCUAUACUACUCCGUUCUUGCCGAACAUUGGAGGAGAAAGAAUGGUGUUGCUGGUGGUCCGCGUCCACCGAAUUUAUUGCCCGUCAUGUUCUUGAACGUGCCGACAGAGAACAGCGUUGAACAAUUGCGAAGAGCCAGACAUGUCGCAAUCUGCCUCAUGCAAGCCCUAGCUGAGAGCUGGACAUAUAAGAGAGACGGAAUGAUGGAAAAUGUGACAAUGACACAAUGA